GUGCUCCGCGCAACAAUGGCAAGUGUCAGCUUGCAGUUGGCACACACUGUCGUUCCACCCAACUACAGCACCAGCAAACAAUGCCGAUGGCGCCUGCGGCAACACGAAGCUCUCCAAGCUUGCUCGCCAACGCCAAGAGCGGUUUCUUGGUGUCGUCUCCCUACGCCGCCGCGACGGCGGUCCGGCUCGCCCGCCGCGCCGGCGGGGACAGGACCGUCCUCCUCGGCGUCGCGCCGAGGAGCGGCCGGCGUGAUGGGUGGGGCGCCGACUCGAACUCGUCCUCCGGGGGCGGGCUGGUGGACGAGGACAUGGCGACGCUGCGGCGGCGCAUCCGCGAGGUGCGGGCGGCGUUGUCCAAGGACGAUACUGACGCCGACGCCGGCGGCCUCCCCCUCCCGGCUGCCGAGUGGACGGAGCUGGAGCGGCGACACCAUGGGAGCUACGUGGCGGGCGUGCGCGGCGCGGCCGGACUCCUCGAGGCGUUCCUCGUGAGCGCGCGCCCGGGGCUCGGGGCCGGGGUUGUGGCGCUGCUGCUGCUCGGCGUGCCGGCAUCGCUGCUUCUCGUGUGCGCGCAGCUGAUCACGGCCGUAGGUUCCGUCUCGUCCUCUGUGCUGAACGGUCAGUGAUUGGGUACGUAUUUUGUGCCGUGCAUCGGUGCACGGUUUGGAUAUUGCGGCCCAAAAACCAUAUAAAUCUGUAGAAAGAAAUGCGCGUCCCGAGCAGGGGACUUGAGAAGAUAAUGUAGCACUGCUAAGGGUUCAGAAAUUCGUUGAAAAUCGCUCAAAAA